AACGCAUAUAUGUGCAGUGUGGUGACGAUCCGACUGGGCAGGGCAAUACAGUCAGGACUAGUCAAGAGUGUGCGUGGGGUUACCCUCGGCAGCUCAGAAAAAUCAUUCUUGUUUCGUGAAGUUAGAACUGAAUAUAUUUUGCCUAGUUGUAUCUAAAUAAGAUAUUGUGCAUGAAUAUAUCAACCCACAACGAGUCACCCGGUAUUAAUUGGAAUUAUUCACGCCCCAGUCUCGGACACAAUCGAGGUUUUCAUGAUACCCACGUUCUGUACACACAAUACCACACGUUGCAUAUGAAUGCACAAGCGAGUGUGAAGGUCGCACUACUGACAUGAAAAAUGGUAGUUUCUCUUUGAUAUUCCGUGAAAAACACUGAGCAAUUUGGAGAAAGUAAAAGGAUAAAGCCAAACGAUGACUAUUUAAAGUUUAUACACUGUGGAAAAGGACUAACACUUCUUGUGUGAAGUGUGACAACAUGCUGGUGAUGCUUGAGGACUAAGUCGUUUGCUGCAAGUCCUGCUUGUAACUAGGAAAUAGCCAACCAAGUUGGUGAUCAUCGAAAGGCUAUUUCAAAAAGAUCAAAUUUAUCAACAAAUAAACGAGAAUAUAAAUGGUCAAGUUUUACUUCCAUUCAUAAAUUUCCCUAAGUAAAACCAAAAAGCUAGUGUUAAAAAGACAUUUGAUUUUCGCUGAUUCAAGGAAAACCGAUCACUUCUUGAAGAUGGGUUCUUCAUCGGUGCCUCUCGUCCUGUACAUCUUCGUCAAGUCCAGCGUCCAGGACACCCGCCAGAGGAUACACGAGAACGUACAGAACAUUGCCACAGCGUUUCCAAAGGUGGACUUUCGUGUCCAUCGGAUGGGGUCAGACAGGGUCUUCGAUGAUAUGUUAGAUCUGUUCCUCAAGGGUCUCAGUGAGAGUGAUAUCUGCAGGCUACAGGGUAUCAUCGUCAACGGCUUUGGUCAGAACCCGACGGGUGCUCUGGGAGACAAGGAGUUCAGUGGUGCCUUCUUCAAGAUGGUACUUCUUGCCAUGUUGAGGAGAAGAUCGAAUUCUUCACAGCGGAUUGCCGUGGUGUGUGCGCAGAGUUUCAGCCACACCUUCACCCAGCACGCCGACUCCAUCCCUGCACAAACCUCCGAAGUCUUCCAGCUCAUCCCGUUGACCACCAGCUACCAGCCUUACCAAGUCAAAACCGAUUCGAUGCCACGACCGAACGGAUUAUCCGUCGACAUCCAGAAAUUGGUUGGUCACGUGUUCCAGUCCCCCUGCGCGAACGUCUUCCAACGGCACAACGAAACGAUGCACGGAGUUAGCUCGAUUGUGAGGAGCGACCACUUCUAAAUAAAGCUUUGAUUUUUUUAUCUGUAUUGAUAGUUGCAAGCAAGUUAUUUUUCUACAGUUAAAUGUCUUAAUGAGGCUAUGUGUGACUUAUAUACAUGUCUAGAGCCCGAGCUGGCUUUGUCGCUAACUUGAUUACACUCGGUCACACCGCGACAUAAGCCUACAUCGGCAUUUGCCUGACAUAGCAAUUAUACGUCAUGUUGCCUUUCCACCAACCAUACAGUCUCAAACCGAUCUUGUGUUUUACGUUUUUCUCGAAUGAUACACCAUCGGUCGGUUUGGAUCGGUUUGUGCAUAGACCUACUAGGUCCAUCGUUUGUGUGACAUUACUGGUAUGUUCGUUUUGAACACACAAUACAAAGCAUCAUGACUUUCUGGCUAUGCUAACUAACCGUGACUUAAUAUAGGUGAAAAAGACGAAUGG